UCUCUAAAUGGAGGCUUUGACAAAUGAAACUGAUGCCUCCAGAAUGUAACGUCCUUUUCCAUCUGCAUUGGGUCAUUUUGAACAAAUUUCUGUUUAAAUGAUUGAAAAGGUGACAGUAUAAAUUGAAGUGCAUGUUAAAUGAGUAAAAACUGAUGAAUUUCAGGAGAGUCAGCCACUAACAGUCAUAAUGGAAGAUAAAGAGAAUCAUUUUUUGGUUAAUGAACAGAACCCACUUCCUGUUUAACUUUUUAAAGUUAGUGCGGUUAUACAACACACGCGAGCAGAUCCAAUCAAUGGAGCAGUUUGGUGCAAUUUAGAUGCACAUUUCAAAGUAAAUGUUCCUCUGAGCCUCAUUUGAAAACAACAUCCUGCCGGUUGACUUUUGGGUAAUAGGCUGUUCAACCAAUCAGAGGAGAUUUCAUUAACUGCACCUGGCAGGCGGCCUGCAGAUUAACUGCUGCUGCUGCAAACAUCCAAACUCCCUGUUUUCCUGUGGAACAUCACCUAACCCACUAAAUGGAGUCAUUAUCUAAAGUGGAUGAGGCUUUUCCUUCACCUCCACCUUACUCCCUACCAGAUGAAAGCCAAACAGGACAAGAUGUGAGGAUUUACCACAUCCAUUCACCGUUCAGUCCUCCACCUCCUCCUCCUUCCUUCUCCUUUUCUUCCGAUGGCCGCUCCACUCAAACUCAUUUACCUCUGCCAGUGUCCGGUCCUUAUCCAUGUACCCCCAUGCCCAAGUUUGUGAGCUAUGAGAACGAGCUGUGUCGCUCUCCGGGCCUGACGUGUUGUCAUUCCUGUCGGACUCAGGUCACCACACAGGUCGACUACAAAAUCGGGACAUACGCGUGGCUCAUGUGUCUUGUGUUUGUGUUGUUCGGGUUGGUGCUUGGAUGCUGCCUGAUUCCUUUCUUUGUGAAGCACUUCAAGGACGCCUAUCACAUUUGUCCUCGCUGUCGACGGGUCCUGCAUGUUCACAGGAAGACGUGCUGUGACUAAACACACACACACACACACACACACACACACACACACAAACUACCAACAGUUUGUUUUUCACCCUGACCAAUGUGCAAACGGAAAAAGUUGGAUUUAUGUUUGAACGUAUAAUAUAUAAAACGAUGCAUCAUUUACUUAAAAGAUUUUAACUAUACAUUUUUAACUUAUGUUGUGUUACAAAGUCCAAUCAAAUAAAUGUUUUCUAUGGAAA